UGCACGCUUCCAUGGCAGAAAGCCAAAGCAAGAUGGACAUUAGCACAAACACGGAUAGAUAGAUAGAUAGAUAGAUACGUAGAUAGAAGAGAAACAGAGUUAAGAAGAAGAAGAAGAAGAGAGCAGCAACGGCAAAGGCCACUACCACAUCCCAUCCCAUGAUUUAAUCAGAGAAGAAGAAGACAAAAAAACACGUAGCAAAGAAGGAGACAUUUUUACACAUUUAUGUUCAAAGAAGAACACAACAGAACAGAACAGAGCUGCGCAUGGCAGAGCAGAGCUGUUUCGUGAGUUGCAUGCUUUCGACAAGUGUUUGUGGUUAUCAAGCCUUGAUUGCUGGCCAAAUCCCACACCUCCACAACCUUCCUUGAUAUUUCUUUUCUUUCUUUGAGGAAAAAAAAAAAAAAACAAAAACCAAUAAUAUAUAUAUAUAUGUCUAUUGCUAGAGAGAGAGAGAGAGAGAGAGAGAGAGAUCUUUGGGUGGUGUCUGAUUUAUAGGCUUUUGAUUCUUUGUUAGAUGAAGGGAUGCUCUUGACCUUACCCUUCGAUUUUGAGAGGGAGGGGAAUUUAGAUUUUUUGGCUCCUUCUCCUUCUUCUUCAUCUUUGCUUUCCGGGUAUUAUUCACAUCCAUUUGAGCUCAAAAGGGACAAGAAAGAGGGUUGCUUUCUGGGCGGUGAGCCUAGCUCUGUCCUGGAUACCAUAGUAACCCCAACCCCAAGCCCUCCAACUUCAACCCUGUCCGGCGGCGGCGGAGCUGGUGGCGCUGGGUCCACAGACACGGCCGGUGUGGCGGCGAUUUCGGGCAACCCAUCUCAGAAAUGGCCACCGUCUGCAGCAGACCCCUCCAACUGCUUGAAUGUGGGAGUUGAAAUCUCGGCCCCACCAGCGGUGCUGGACAUAGCCACCGCCGCGGCGGCGGAGAAAUGCGGGCUGGGGAUGGAGAAUUGGGAGAAUAUGCUGACGGAAACAGCGGCGGCGUCGCCGAGCCAAGAGCAGUCCAUUCUCCGCUGGAUCAUGGGGGACAUGGACGACCCUUUGGGUCUCAACAAGCUGUUGCAGAGCGGCGGUGGCGGCCCGGACCACCACUUCGACUUCAACGGAUGUUUCGGCUCGGUGGAUCAAGGUUUUGGGCUAGACCCAGAUGGCUCCGGGGCCGGCAAUUUGGCAGCGGAUACUGUUAACCACCAUCUCCCCAUAUCUUCUGGAUUUACCCACAAAUUCGGCAAUGAAAAGCUUGGUUUGGCCCCUCCAAAUCCAUCCCCCCCUCUCGUAAAUUUCAAGCCUCCAAACCCCAUCUUCUCCCCAUUUUCUCAACGCCAGCAAGCCCUCGAAUGUGCAGAUAUAAAGCCACAGAUUUUCAAUCCCCAAUUACUAAUCAACCACCACCAAGCCGCUCAGAAUGCCCCAAAUCCAGCCUUCUUCUUGCCGCUGCAGUACGCCCAACAACAAGACCCGCACCUCGUUUUGCCACCGCAGGCCAAGAGGCACAAUCUUGGCGGCGCCGAGCCGAUGCUUCAGCCUCAACCCCAAUUGUUGCCUCAGUAUCUGCAGCCUAGGCCGGCGAUGGGGGUGAAGCCCAAACCGUCCAGAGACGAAAUGGGACACCAGCAGCAGGCCAUAGUCGACCAGAUAUACAAGGCUGCCGAGCUGGUCCAGGCCGGAAACUCGGUCCACGCGCACGGGAUAUUGGCGCGGCUCAAUCACCAGCUCACCCCCAUUGGCAAGCCUUUUCACAGGGCUGCUUUCUUUUGCAAAGAGGCGCUGCAAUUGCUGCUCCACCAACAUAACACCACUUUGAAUCCCAGUUCACCCUUUAAUCUCAUCAUGAAGAUUGGUGCUUACAAGUCCUUCUCCGAAAUCUCACCCCUGCUCCAGUUCGCCAAUUUCACUUGCAACCAAGCCCUCCUCGAAGUGUUAGAAGGCUUUGAUCGCAUCCAUAUUGUGGAUUUUGACAUUGGCUAUGGCGGCCAAUGGGCUUCUCUAAUGCAGGAGCUCGCCAUGAGAAGCGGGGGCGCACCCUCGCUUAGGAUCACUGCCUUUGCCUCUCCAUCGACCCAUGACCAGCUCGAGCUCGGCCUCACUAGAGAGAAUUUGAACCAUUUUGCCGGGGAAAUCAACAUGGCAUUCGAGUUCAAUAUCUUAAGCCUUGAUUCCCUGAAUUCGGCUUCAUGGUCAUUGCCCAUUCACGUCAAUGACAACGAGGCAGUUGCCGUUAAUCUCCCAGUCGGCUCAUUCUCCAAUUACCAGUUGCCCCUUCCUUUAGUCCUCCGAUUGGUCAAGCAACUAUCCCCAAAAAUCAUGGUGUCCGUGGACAGAGGCUGUGACCGAACAGACCUCCCAUUUGCAAACCACGUAAUUCACGCCCUCCACUCUUACUCGAACCUGCUCGAGUCUCUUGACGCCGAACAUAUGAAUCUAGAUGCUCUACAGAAGAUUGAGAGGUUCUUGCUCCAACCGGGGAUCGAGAAAAUUGUAGUUGGUCGCUUCCAUUCCCCCGAGAAGACGCCACAUUGGAGGACCCUGUUCUUGUCAUCCGGUUUCUCCCCAGUUCCAUUCAGCAAUUUCACAGAAUCACAGGCCGAGUGCGUGAUCAAGAGGACUCCGGUCAGGGGAUUCCAUUUCGAGAAGAGACAGUCUUCGCUUGUUCUCUGCUGGCAGCGAAAGGAGCUCAUCUCGGUCUCUGCUUGGCGCUGCUGAGGCCUGGUUUCCUGUUUCACCAAUUCAUGCCAAAGAUUGACAAGGUGCCUCUUUACUCAUAUCUUACUGCUGUAAUCUUCUAGCCUGCCAUUUUCCUUUUGCUAGUUUGUCCUUGUGGUUUAAACAGAUUAUUUUGGGUGAACAAAGAAACUAGACAUUUUUAGUAACUGGAUGUUCUAGCAUGCCUCUCUCAUCUUCAAUCUACUUAUGUUGUUAUCUUGAUCUAGCCAUGCUGUUACUACUUUUGGUGCUAUUUGUUGUACAGUUGACAACAAGGCAAAACAAAAUAGAGAUUUAACGCUUUAAUUGA